GCCCCCGCGGCACUCUGACUCCACUGCAACGCGGCGCUGGGCAGCUCAGUCCCUUCGCUCUCCGCCCGCCGCGCUGCGCUCAGCUGCGAGCGCCCGCCACCAACUCGGAGUCCGGCUCGCCACCCUUCUCUGCAGCCUUUGCAUUUCCGAACCCCUGCGUGGGGCCCACGAUCCCCCAGCACCAUGCACGUCUCCCAACUGCUGGCCUGGACGCUGCUUCUGACGCUCCUCUCCCUUCGCCCCGAGGCCAAGCCAGCCGCACCGCAGAAGCCCCCGAAGACCCCGCCUGGAGAGGAGGUGGCGGGGCUCCCGGCCGCAGCUGGUGGGGACAAGAAGGGAGACAAGGCGCCGGGGGGCGGUGGCGGCGGCGGCGGCGGGGCCAAUGCCAAGGGCUCCAACGCGCGGCUACUUCGCGACCUGCGCGUGGACACCCGCUCGAGGGCGGCUUGGGCGCGCCUACUGCAUGACUACCCCAACGCGCGCAAGUUCCGAGGCGUCAACAAGAAGGGCUUGUCCAAGGGUUGCUUCGGCCUCAAGCUGGACCGGAUCGGUUCCAUGAGCGGCCUGGGAUGCUAAGGCGGCGACCCCUGGCGGCGGACCAGGCAGCCACUGGCACAGCUUGCUACAAGCAUCCUCGGUCACCCACCCCAAAACAUCUGGAAACACCAACAGUUGUGGCUUUGACAUUUCUUUGGGGUUUUGUUUCUGGUAUGGGGAGAUACCACCAGCUGUUUGGUUAUUGAUUGGGGAGGGGCGUUCUUAUUGUCGUUGGGUUGCUGUUGUUUUUCUCGAAAUUAAAAAUAAAAAUUAUAUAUUAUAUAUUAUAUAUAUUAUAUACAUGAAACACCCUCUACCCUGACCCCCACUUUAUGGAGACACGAAGACAAGAAACAGUUUUUCCGAGACUGACGAGGCCAGCAAUAUAUCGAACCUUGCUGUUUGUAAAUUCAUGUCAUG